AUGGGAGAAGGGGAUAGAAUCUGGGAGAAGGGGAUGGAAUUUGGGAGAAGAAAGAUGGAAUCUGGGAGAAGGGGAUGGAAUAUGGGAGAAGGGGAUGGAAUCUGUGAGAAGGGGAUGGAAUCGGGGAGAAGGGGAUGGAAUGAGGGAGAAGGGGAUGGAAUCUGGGAGAAGGGGAUGGAAUCUGGGAGAAGGGGAUGGAAUCCGGGAGAAGGGGAUGGAAUCCGGGAGAAGGGGGUGAAUCUGGGAGAAGGUGAUGAAAUCUGGGAGAAGGGGAUGGAAUCUGGGAGAAGGGGAUGCAAUCUGGGAGAAGGGGAUGGAAUCUGGGAGAAGGGGAUGGAAUCAGGGAGAAGGGGAUGGAAUCUGGAAGAAGGGGAUGGAAUCUGGGAGAAGGGGAUGGAAUCCGGGAGAAGGGGAUGGAAUCCGGGAGAAGGGGGUGGAAUCUGGGAGAAGGUGAUGAAAUCUGGGAGAAGGGGAUGGAAUCAGGGAGAAGGGGAUGCAAUCUGGGAGAAGGGGAUGGAAUCUGGGAGAAGGGGAUGGAAUCAGGGAGAAGGGGAUGGAAUCUGGAAGAAGGGGAUGGAAUCUGGGAGAAGGUGGUGGAAUCUGGGAGAAGGGGAUGGAAUCUGGGAGAAGGGGAUAGAAUGGGAUGGAAUCGGGGAGAAGGGGAUGGAAUCUGGGAGAAUGGGAUGGAAUCUGGGAGAAGGGGAUGGAAUCUGGGAGAAGGGGAUGGAAUCUGGGAGAAGGGGAUGGAAUCUGGGAGAAGGGAAUAGAAUCUGUGAGAAGGGGAUGAAAUCUGGCAGAAGGGGAUGGAAUUUGGGAGAAGGGGAUGGAAUCUGGGAGAAGGGGAUGGAAUCUGGGAGAAGGGGAUGGAAUCUGGGAGAAGGGGGUGGAAUCUGGGAGAAGGGGAUGGAAUAUGGGAGAAGGGGAUGGAAUCAGGGAGAAGGGGAUGGAAUCUGGGAGAAGGGGAUAGAAUCUAGGAGAAGGGAAUGGAAUAUGGGAGAAGGGGAUGGAAUCUGGGAGAAGGGGAUGGAAUCAGGGAGAAGGGGAUGGAAUGAGGGAGAAGGGGAUGGAAUCUGGGAGAAGGGGAUAGAAUGUGGGAGAAAGGGAUGGAAUGUGGGAGAAGGGGGUGGAAUCUGGGAGAAGGGGAUGGAAUCUGGGAGAAGGGGAUGGAAUCUGGGAGAAUGGGAUGGAAUCUGGGAGAAGGGGAUGGAAUCUCGGAGAAGGGGAUGGAAUCUGGGAGAAGGGGAUGGAAUCUGGGAGAAGGGAAUAGAAUAUGGGGUGGAAUCUGGGAGAAGGGGAUGGAAUAUGGGAGAAGGGGAUGGAAUCAGGGAGAAGGGGAUGGAAUCUGGGAGAAGGGGAUGGAAUCUAGGAGAAGGGGAUGGAAUAUGGGAGAAGGGGAUGGAAUCUGGGAGAAGGGGAUGGAAUCGGGGAGAAGGGGAUGGAAUGAGGGAGAAGGGGAUGGAAUCUGGGAGAAGGGGAUGGAAUCAGGGAGAAGGGGAUGGAAUCCGGGAGAAGGGGAUGGAAUCUGGGAGUAGGGGGUGGAAUCUGGGAGAAGGUGAUGAAAUCUGGGAGAAGGGGAUGGAAUCUGGGAGAAUGGGAUGGAAUGUGGGAGAAGGGGAUGGAAUCAGGGAGAAGGGGAUGGAAUCUGGAAGAAGGGGAUGGAAUCUGGGAGAAGGGGGUGGAAAAUGGGAGAAGGGGAUGGAAUCUGGGAGAAGGGGAUAG